AUAACCCAAGAGAGAGAGUCAGUCGCAAGAGUUAGAACAGGGUCACAACUCAUCCCCAAGGUUGCCAUCGUUUCUCUGCUAAGGCAAAACUCGCCAUAGUCUCUCUCUCUCUCUCUCUCUCUCUCUCUCUCUCUCUCAUGAUCCAGAAACUGAUACAUAACAGCAAAAACUGACAAUGAGGGCCUUGUUUUCACAAAAGUUCAUCAAAUAUACAGAUCGAUAUCUGAUUUCAAAAACGAGACUUGUUUCCCUCAAAUCCAAUCACUUCUUCCACAGUUCCCAAAUCUCCAAAGAAAAUGAGGACACAGUUCGAGAAAUCACUUCAAUCCUCACCCACAACAACUGGCAAUUUCUUUUGGAAUCAUCCUAUCUUCCCCAGAAGCUCAACCCAGAUGUGAUUCGAUCAGUUCUUCACCAAAACAUGGCGGGUGACCCCAAACGCCUCCUCGGAUUCUUCAACUGGUCUUCUCAUCAAAUGGGUACCCCUCAAAACUUGAAUUCUUUCUCAAUUCUUGCUAUUGUGCUCUGUAAUUCCAAUCAAUUCGCAUAUGCAAACUGGGUUUUAGAGCGAAUGAUCGAAAUUUGUUGCCCUGUUUCGGCGGUUUUGGAUUCAAUUGUUAGUUGUUGUAGAGAGUUUAACAGCUCUCAAUCUAUUCAUGUGGUUUUUGAUAUUUUGAUCAAUGCUUAUAAGAAGAAGGGUAUGUUGCAUGAAGCUGCUUCAUUGUUCUUAGCUGCCAAAAAUUGUGAAUUUUUGCCUAGUUUAGUGUGUUGUAAUUCUCUGUUGAAGGACCUAUUGAAGUGCAAUAGAAUGGAGCUUUUUUGGAGUGUUUAUUAUGCAAUGUUAGAGGCUAAGAUUAAUCCUGAUGUAUAUACUCUUACCAGUUUGAUUAGUGCUCAUUGUAAGGUUGGGAAUGUUAGGGAGGGCCAAAGGGUCCUUUUGGAAAUGGAAGAGAAGGGUUGUAGUCCUAAUUUGGUUACAUACAAUGUGACUAUUGGAGGGCUUUGCAAGGCUGGACUUGUUGAUGAAGCGUUAGAGCUAAAGAAGUCGAUGACUGAGAAGGGAUUGGCCCCUGAUGGUUAUACUUACUCCAUACUAAUUGACGGUUUUUGCAAACAGAAGAGAUCAAGAGAGGCAAAAUUUAUACUAGGAGAAAUGUCCAAUGUUGGUCUGAAUUCUGACCACGUUGUCUAUACUGCUUUGAUUGACGGGUUCAUGAAAGAAGGAGAUGUGGAAGAGGCUUUUAGAAUCAAGGACGAGAUAGUUGCUCGUGGGAAAAAGUUAAAUGUUAUAACUUGCAAUGUAAUCAUUAAUGGGCUAUGUAAGGUUGGUCAGACGGAGAAGGCCAAAGAUCUUUUGGGUGAGAUGAUUGCAAUGGGCAUAAAACCUGAUACUCAAACUUAUACAUCUUUAAUCGAGGGAUAUAGUCGAGAAAAUAACAUGGUUAAGGCUUAUGGAUUGCUGGUUGAGAUGAAGGAGAGAAACUUGCAGCCUACAGUGUACAGUUGCAGUGCAAUAAUUAAUGGGCUAUGCCGUUCUGGAGAUCUUCAGCAGGCUAAUUUUGUUUUGGAGAAGAUGACCGAGGGAGGUUUGAAACCGAAUGUUGUUAUCUACACAACUCUUAUAAAGGGUCAUGUGCAAGGAGGUAAAAUUGAAGAGGCAAUAGAGAUUUUUACUAGGAUGAAGGAGAAAGGGAUUCUUCCUGAUGUUUUCUGCUACAAUUCUCUCAUAAUUGGCCUCUGUAGAGCAAAAAGGAUGGAAGAAGCAAGGACUUACAUGAUCGAAAUGGUGGAAAGGAGAUUAAAACCAGAUGUGUAUACUUAUGGGGCUUUCAUUUCUGGAUAUAGUAUGGUGGGGGAAAUGUUAGUCGCAGAUGCGUAUUUCAGAGAGAUGAUUGGCUAUAGUAUCGCUCCAAAUGGUGUUGUUUAUACAGCUUUGAUUGAUGGGUAUUGCAAAGUGGGGGAUACAGAAGGAGCCUUAUUGAUAUUCAGAUCAAUGCUUGGACAAGGAGUGCUUGCAGAUGUGCAAACAUACAGUGUGCUUAUCAAUGGCCUCUUGAGGAAUGGAAAAUUGCAGGAGGCUAUGCAUGUUUUUGCGGAACUCUGUGAAAAGGGUCUGAUUGCUGAUGUUUACACCUACAGCUCUCUCAUUUCCGGUUUCUGUAAGCAAGGGGACAUAAUAGAGGCUUUCAAACUUCACGAUGAGAUGUGUCAAAAAGGUAUUAAUCCAAAUAUUUUUACUUAUAAUGCAUUGAUCAAUGGACUUUGCAAGUCGGGUGAUAUGGAAAGAGCUAAGGAACUGUUUGAUGGUAUCUCCGAAAAGGGUUUGGCACUCAAUGGUGUGACUUAUGCUACAAUAAUAGAUGGAUACUGCAAAUCCGGAAAUGUAGCAGAGGCAUUUCGGUUACUUGAUGAGAUGCCAUUAAAGGGGAUUCCACCAGAUUCUUUUGUUUACAAUGCCCUUGUCAGCGGGUGCUGCAAAGAAGGUAAUACAGAGAAGGCCUUUUCAUUAUAUCAAGAAAUGAUGCAAAAAGGGUUUGCUUCGACGAUUACUUUCAACACUUUGAUUGAUGGGUUUUGCAAGUCUGGGAAAUUGAAUGAAGCAAACCAGUUGGUGAAUGAAAUGGUCGAUAAGCAAGUCAUCCCCGAUCAUGUCACCUUUACUAUUUUAAUCGAUUAUCUCUGCAAGGAAGGGAUGAUGGAAGCUGCAGAAGAGCUUUUCUUAGAGAUGCAAAAGAGGAAUCUGAUGCCCACUAUUGUAACGUAUACUUCGCUUUUACAUGGUUACAGCAGAAUAGGAGACAGAUCGAAGAUGUUUUCACUUUUUGAGGAGUUGGUGGCAAAGGGUAUUGAGCCUGACGAAGUAGCCUACAACAUGAUAGUCGAUGCUUACUAUGAAGAAGGUAAUACGGAGAAAGCAUUUAAGCUUUGGAAUGAACUAUUGGACAAGGGUGUGAUGCAAAAGGGAGAUUUCUCCAAUGCAUUGGCGUUACUUGAAAAAAUGGGAAGUCAAGGCUUUACGCCAAGUCUUGCUAUGUGCAGCAAUGUAGUCCGAGGGUUGAAUGAAGCAGGUUGCGAGGACAAGGCAACUAGGGUUUUGGAAAGUAUGGUGAGAUUUAAAUGGAUUUCAGAUUCCACAAGUUUAAGUGACUUUUCGAAUGAAUAUCAGAAAGAUGCAAUCUCUCAAGGCAAUCAGCAUUAAAAGAAAAUGAGUGUUUGCUGCUCUUUCAUGUUCUUGGGUAUCUGUAGGUUCACGAAAUCAAUUACUGAUGCUGAUCUGAACAAUUUGCUAGAGCGAAAAAAUUGGGUUUAUCAAGUAAAUGUGGCAGCCACGGUCUAGGCUUCGCAUAGCCGCAUUUUUCAAUUUAAAUUUGUGAAUGCUUCCAACUUCAGUGGCAGGUCAAUCAAAAGCAAGCUUGCUGAGCUUGAAAAGAGGUAAGGUAACAGGUAAUCACAAGGGUUAUACCUGAGCCUUACUACAUUGUUUGUAUUGAAAGUAACUCCUCUUACCCGUAUAUCUUUUUCCUUUUGAUGUAGUCGACAUUUUUUGGAUGUAAUUUGUCUGACAGUUCUGUUAUAUGAAAAUUAUUUUCUUUAUAUGAAAGAUGAAACCCUAUUUGAAGUUUUCCUUU